AAUAAGCCAAUUAUCUUCUUUCAUCGGAACCUCUCCAUCCCUCAAAGCCAAAGAGAAAGAAUUCAGCAAUGAAAGCUACCCUCCUCUCCUCCUUCCCUUCCUCCAAGCCUCCACCCUCUCAUCAUCAAACCCUAACCCUAAAACCUCCAAACCCUCUCACCUUCUCUACCAAAUCCACCACUCCAAAUCCCCGCAGACACCCACACUUCCCCACUAUCAAAGCAGCCAUUUCCCGCACCAAGAAGGAAGAAACAGUCGAGACUGUCAAGGCCCAGCUCGAAGAUUGCUUCCUUCUCGCAGCAAUCAAGUACAAAGGACUCACAGUCAAGCAACUCCAAGAACUGAGAAGAUCGCUGCCCGAUUCUUCCAAGCUGUUAAUCGCCAAGAACACGCUUGUCUACAAAGCUAUUGAGGGAACCCAAUGGGAGUCACUAAAGCCGUGUAUGAAGGGUAUGAAUGCGUGGCUCUUCGUGCACAGCGAGGAGAUCCCGGCGGCAAUCAAACCCUACAGGACUUUCCAGAAGGAGAAUAAGCUGGAGGACAAUGACUUCACCGGUGCUGUUUUCGAAGGCAAGUUUUACGAGCCGGGUGAUUUUAAGGAGCUGGAGAAUAUGCCAACGAGAGCGGAGAUUUACGCCAAGCUGUUGGGGGCUUUACAGUCGCCGGCGAUUGGGUUAGUGGGGACUUUACAGGCGCCGGCGAGGGAAGUGGUGAUGGUGUUGAAGGCGUAUGUGAAGAAGCUGGAGGAGGAGAGUGGUGGUGGGCAAUAGCUGUAAGUGUAAUUUCAAAACCGCCUUGAUUUUCCUUUUUGUUUAAUGAUUUUGGUUCUUCUGGCAGCUGGGUUUUUUCCUUUUUCUUAGGCGGGGUUUUGAGGUUGAGGGAGAUUUGGACGGUGUAGAAUUGUUGUAAAGUUGAAAAUUGAUUCUUAAUAUGCAUUAGAAGAACAUAAUUUGUUGGAUUUGAACUAUGCCUCAUCUCCCUAAAUUUCUUCACUCUGUAAAAUUCUUGACUUAAACACAAUAAAUUGUCUUUAAUUA